AUUUUCUUUUUUAAUAAUGAGUCAAAAAAACAAUACAUAUACUCUUAGAGGAUCCCUAAUUUCAUAUACUCUCCUUCCUUGACUGUCUUCUUAACUGUUUAUCGAUUCCUCUUCUCCUUAGUCGGAUUCAAUUCAGGUGAGAAUCAAUCCUCUCCGUUUGCAUUUUCAAUUGUGAUUGUCAAUUAUUCUCUUCUUUAAUUAAAUUUCCCCCAAUUAGUUUAGGGUUUAAGUUUGCUAGUAAUUAGCGAAGGAGUUACUGUUGUUAUUGACGACAAGGGGAAUUGAGCAUAUUCAACAGUGACACCGACUUGUUCGACACCGUUCUCCCCGCUUCCCGCCUUUUGCCCUUUCUGUUUAUCAUGGCUAUCGAUUUAGAUGAAUGUGUGAACAAAUAUUUUCAUGUUUCUAGAAAAGAGAUGGAGGAUUUUAUAAGAAGAUGUGGUAGUGAAGAUUGGGUUGAAUCCUUAAUUAAGGAUAAGCAUGACGAUAGAGAGACUGAGAAACAACAUGGUAGACCAUCUCUCCGACCACAACCUCUUGCACAAAUCAUGUCCCUAACCGUCAAACCUAAUCAGGAGGAGGAUAAUAAACAAUUGGCACUACACGGUACAAUAUAUGCUCAUUAUAUUGGUGUAUAUAAAACACCAAUUACCCAUCAAAUUUACAAACGAGAUGUUGAUGAUGUCCCUGACAUUUUAGGAAUCGACGGUAGUUUGACUCUCAAUGGUCCGGAUUAUUUGUGUCACCCUGAUCAUGCUUAUUUGCAUUUGAUUCAAAGUAGUAGAGUAGACGUGAAUUUAUAUGAUCAGACCAACAACAUAUUUGCAGGAAUAUCUUUCUAUUUGGAUAAUGAUAUCGAUAAUAGUUAUUACGAGCAAGUUAAAUCUAUGGUAAUUCCUUGCCAACAAGGGUCCCUUACUCUUCACUACAUUGCGAUUCCAUUUGGUAUUCAUUCUCGAUUACAAGUUACAAUUCCUAUGACAAAAGAACAGUUUGAAAAACAUGAAAUUUACAAUGUCAAUGGGAAAAUUGUUGCUCGCUAUACUGACACGUAUGGAAACUAUUCAGCUCAAGAGUGUGUCCUUUUCAAGAAGCAAGAUGAUGAGUUUGAGCGAGUUGAAUCUGGUCAUGUAAAACUUUCCCGAUGUUGGGUGUCGUUACCUGCAUAUUCAUCCCUUAUCAUUGAAGUGGAUUUAUCAGAGUUUGGAUCAAGGCGAAAGAUUGGAAAGUGUACUAAAAAGUUGUUACCUCGACAAGGGUUGAUGUCUGUAGGAUCGUUAUUGUCAGGUGAUAUGGAUAUAUGGGUUGGUGCAGCAUGGUUCUCACCGGAUCCUUUUGGACGAAUUGAUUAUAGGUGUUCAACCAGUUUGCCACAAAUCCCGGCAGAAAAUCUGAAACAAAAUAUUGAAGAGAUGGAUACCGAUGGAGAGGACAAGUCUUCUGCCGAUGAUGAUGGUGAGUCUACUGACGAUGAUGAUACUGAUGGAGAUGACGAGUCUUCUAUGCAUGCUUUUUCCAAAGAAAAAAAGUGUUCUGUUUCUUUUGAUGAUGGCGAGUCUCUUGUUGCUGACGAGUCUGGUGAUGUGUUGUCAUCCAGCCUUAACCGCGGCUCGUGGUGUCUUCGCUCUCAUAAAAAUAUACCACGGUCAUCUUUUGCUGUGGAGAUAUUCUCGGUCUUUAUUGGUCGAGAAAAGUCAAAACCAGUGCAGAUUUACGGUUCAAUUGAAGUUUUGCGUGAGGAUAGAGAACUUUGUUAUAUCUUUAAAAGAGAUGAAAAUGAGGCAUUGAUGUUAUCUGAGGAUUUAAAAUUCAUACCUAUACCAGAUGGAUCUCGGGCUUUUUCCGAUUGUAGUUCACUGAAAAUGAAGUUUGACAUCAAAGAUAUUGAGGGUUGUUUAGCUAUAAAAGGUUACGUGGACUGGGCGGCUUCGACUCUUGAUUCUCCUUUUUGGUACAAGAAGCAGUUGUGUAAUUUAAUUCAGGGUCAAAAAGGAGGAUUUGCGUCGGUACAUUAUUCAAUUUUCGAAUACGCAGUUUGUGUUACAAUUAAGGUGUUACUAAAGUUCAAAACAGGGAGUUCCGAUGUUAAUCCUAAGGUUUGGGGUAGCCUUGUAACUCAAUAUAGUCGUCAUGAUUAUUCAUCGCGCUAUAAGAAAGACAACUACCGGUGUGUGUUGUUCAAUAGGACUCAAGAUGAUCUAGUUCAAAUAAGUAAUGAUUCGACAAUUCCACUUUCAAGGUCUACGAUUGUCGUGCCAUCAUAUUCCUCUCUUAUUGUCGAUAUAGACCUUUCUGGCUUCUCCGAGCAAAAGUUGUCAUGUGUUAAAAUGAUUAAGAUUGGUGAAGGUUUCAAGACUGUAGAGACAAAUGAUUAUCUCUUUCAUAUCGAGUUAGAUUGGUGUAAGGUUAAGUAAUAUUUAUUGUAUAGGUGUUUCUGACCUUUAAAUAGACUUACAAGUGAGAUU